AUGGCGCUGGCGGCGGCGCAGGCGCAACCGCAGGCAGCGCGCAGACAUAAAGGGCUCGCCGGCACGGAGGGCGGGAGGGAGGAGGAGGAGAAGAAGAAGAGCCGGGGAGUUACGGCUCUGGCGGACGGAGGUUGCCGAGGCGGCCGCCAGGGCAGACCCGCAAGACGGAGGCCGCCAGCUCGGCCCGACAAGAUGGCGGGGGCGUCGGCCUGGCGUUCCGCAGUUUUCUCCUCAGGCGACCGCCUGCCGUCCCGCCGUCCCCCCGCUUGGCGACCGGUGCGUUUUGCCUCAGGAGGGGCGCCCUUUUCGCCAGGCGGUUCGGAGCGGCUGCUGCUGCUGCUGCUUCGCCCCUUGCGUCUGGCUGGCCGUCGGAACGGGGAGGUUUAG